AUGUCCGGACGUGGAAAGGGAGGAAAAGGUCUUGGAAAAGGUGGCGCCAAGCGUCAUCGCAAAGUCCUUCGUGAUAACAUCCAGGGAAUCACCAAGCCCGCCAUCCGUCGUCUCGCUCGUCGUGGUGGAGUCAAGCGAAUCUCCGGCCUCAUCUACGAAGAAACCCGUGGAGUUCUGAAGGUGUUCUUGGAGAAUGUGAUCCGAGAUGCCGUCACCUACUGUGAGCACGCCAAACGAAAGACCGUCACCGCCAUGGAUGUCGUCUACGCUCUGAAACGUCAAGGCCGUACUCUCUACGGUUUCGGUGGAUAA